AUGGCUCGCCGAUCAGGAGGUCGUUCUGCCCGUCCAGCUCCAGCACCUCGUCAUGCACCAGCACGCAACCCUCCUCAGACAGUCAAACAAUCUCCUCCUCCGGCUCCAGUUCAGGGUGGAGGUGGUGGUGGAAUGCUCUCAGGAAUUGGAUCAACCAUAGUUCAAGGUAUUGGUUUUGGGACUGGAAGUGCUGUGGCACACAGGGCCGUUGAUGCUGUGAUGGGUCCUCGCACUAUUCAACAUGAAACUGUAGUCUCUGAGGCUGCUGCUGGUGCUCCAGCACCCAUUUCUAGCAGCAUGAGUGGCUCUGAUGCCUGCAGUAAUCAUUCCAAGGCCUUCCAAGAUUGUGUCAACCACUUUGGAAGUGAUAUCAGCAAGUGCCAGUUCUACAUGGAUAUGCUGUCCGAGUGCAAGAAGAAAUCUGCCUCCGGCAUGUUGCGUGCCUAA